GCACUAGUAAAGAGUUUCAAUUCAUGUCACCCAAACCUGACCUUUACGACUGAGCACUAGAAAAUAAAAUGAUUAGUUUCUUAGAUGUCUCAUUUGUGAGAAGAGUCAAUGGAUCGAUCGAAUGGUCCAUCUGUAGAAAACUUUCAUGGACAGGACGGUACCUUCAUUUUAGAAGCUUUGUCCAUAUCCAAUGCAAAGUGAGUUGGUCAGAGUGCUGUUCAAAAGAGCCACGAAAGUUUGUUACAGCAGCACAAUAGACUACGAAAUGACGACUUUGUGAAGUGUACUAAUGAAGAAUGGGUACCCAGAAAGCUUUAUCAGCAACCACGCAAAAUGGGUAGGAAGUAGAACAACGUCCACAAUAGUGCAGAAGAAACCAGUCACAUAACCUUGCCAUUCAAAGGUGCUGUUUUCAUAUUCUUUGCUUAUUUUAAACUUGUAUCGGGAAAGGAAAUGUUUUUAGACUUGAAAACCAUAAAAUCAUUGUCAUCAAAAUGAAUCAAUCUAGAAGACCGCCAAAUGCUAUAUUAUGUAAUUGCUUCAGCCUUUCCUGUAAUGUUGACUAUUAAUUAACAUUCUCUUAACAAGUUCAAGAAGUUACCCAACAAUAGUCGUGUAUAAGUCUGUCUGUCCACAUAGAAUAUGUUAUGACUUCAAACUGUCCUUGGAAAACAGAAAGAGCGAGAGAGAAAAAAAAUCCAUUCAUCCAAUCAAAAUGCAUGAGAGUUGAAAUGAUUUGUAGAAUGACCUUGACCUUAAAAAACUUACACUUUCCAAGUUUUCUAUUGUAGGGCUUUUGUUGAAUAAAAUAGACAUAUAAUUUAUAUCAUAAAAGUAACAUUUUGCAUACUCUUGUGAAUUUUGUCUACUUGAAAAUCUCAUAGAGUGAACAUUCAUAAAUGUCGGGUACUGGAAGUCAACUAGUCGGUAUUCCUGUGAAUUGUGAACAACGUACAUUUGAGAAACAAAGACGUGAUUUACUCAAUAACUUGGAAGAUGAAAAUAAUAAAAACUCACUAACAUUAUACGCUGAUGAUUGGUCACAGAAAAUAAAUGAUUGGAUAAAUUCUUCAUGGAAAAGAUGGAAUGAUGAUAUUCAACGUCUAAGACGAGGGAUGUUCACUUUGUUGCCAUUAAAUACUUUUGGUCAUGUGGGUACAUGUGAUCCACUUUUGCUCAUGAAUCAACUAGAGCGUCAAGUCGAUGAUAUACGAAAUCAAAUUUGUGCUAAUGAUAUCCCAUCAGUUGGCUCAUUGAAUGAUUAUCUUAAGGAUGCAUAUGAGAUAGGCGAAGAUGGAAAACUUCAUUUCAGUGUACGUUUCGAUGUAAAAGGUGUUGAUCCAGAAGAUAUCAAGGUGACAUCAACUGAUAAUCACAUUACAGUACAAGCGAAGAAAGAGAUGAAAACAAACAACUUAUAUGGUACUCGUGAAUUCUGUCGUAUGAUUCAACUACCCCAGUCUAUCAAUCAUAGUCAAUUGAAAUGUAAUCUAACUAGUGAUGGUGUUUUGAUGCUGGCAGCUCCAGUCAGUGUACCUGAACACCAAUCAAUUACUUUCAAUGAAAGCGGCCAGAUUGGUAUUCGACCAAAAACUUAUGGUCAAAGUCAAGAAGUGCUUCACUCAAAGGCACUCGUUAUCAAAGGUGAUCGCGGUUGCUCAAUUGUGGAUGAUGGAAGUGGUAAUAAACGAUUGCAUUUUGAAAUGCCAAUUGAUCCCAUAUACAAACCUGAAGAUUUGUGUAUUACUAUUGAUUUCAAUCGUUUAAUGAUUUCUGGUCGUCACUGUAAUAAGCAAAAUGGUGACUCAGGAAAUCACGAAUCGUUUGCUGAAUUCAGUUAUUCGUAUGAAAUACCUGAAACAAUCGAUCCAUUAUCUAUUUCUGCUCAACUGAUCAACGACAUAUUGGUUUUGGAAGCCCCGCUAGUUAUCCAACAUAAAGUAAUGUAAUGAUACAAGUUUACACACGAUCAGAAACUUAAUUAUCUGUGACUGUUCAGUUUAUUUCACCGAUUUUAAAACAAUAAACUUAAUUGACAGACUCA